GUUACAGAAAACAGAUCAGACCUUGAAGAUUUACACCUUUAUGCAACUCCUCGGGAGCAACGGUUUCGUAGGUUUGCCAGUUUAGAAUUUGAAGGACAGCUAUAUAUGACUCCAUAUGACUUCAUUCAGGCUGUCACAAAUGAUGAACCCAAACAUGCUAAAAAGUGGCGAUCCCUUUCAAAGCAGGAACUGAAUCAGAUCCUUAUGGAGACGCCACCAGUUUGGAAAGGGUCAUCCAAACUUUUCCGUAAUCUUAAUGAGAAAGGUGUGAUAUCUUACACAGAAUAUUUAUUCCUCUUAUGUAUUUUAACAAAGCCUCAUGCAGGUUUUAGAAUCGCUUUCAACAUGUUUGAUACUGAUGGCAAUGAGAUGGUGGACAAAAAGGAAUUCUUAGUGCUGCAAGAGAUUUUCAGGAAAAAAAAUGAGAAGAGAGAAAGAAAAGGAGACGAAGAAAAACGUGCAAUGCUGCGUCUUCAACUUUAUGGAUAUCAUACUUCUACUAACAGUGUUCUUAAAACAGAAGGAGAGGACCUUGUCCCCAGAAGCUAUUGGGAUACUUUGAGACGUAGCACAAGCCAAGUGCUCUUUUCCGACCUUGCAGAGCGUGCCGAUGAUAUUUCAAGUUCACUGUCAGAUACUACACUGCUUGUACACUUUUUCGGCAAGAAAGGAAAAGCUGAACUGAACUUUGAAGAUUUUUAUAGAUUUAUGGAUAACCUACAAACUGAAGUUCUAGAGAUAGAAUUCCUUUCCUACUCUAAUGGGAUGAACACCAUAAGUGAGGAAGACUUUGCCCAUAUUCUUUUGAGGUAUACAAAUGUGGAAAAUACAUCAAGUUACCUGGAAAACAUGCGCUGCAGGAUUCCCGAAGAAAAG